GCGUGCCGGGGCUAAAACGUAAACAAUCUACAAAUUACAGGCAAUAUAUCUAUUUUGUUUUCCUUUUGGCAUAGAAACGACACGACACAAAAUUUAUAGCAUGUGCCUCAAACAACAGUAAACGCGCGACGGCAGCCAAGUGAAUGCAGGAUACACCUGUAGUGGGUCUUCAGUGCGUGGCAAUCGACGUGGAAAACUGAAGGAGAGGAGCAACCAUGUUCAAGCUAGAGUCCUACAUCACCCCGAUUCUGCUGAGCUACGUGGCCAAGUAUGUGAAGAAUUUCCGUGACGAAGAUGCCCAGGUGUCGCUGUGGGAGGGCGAGGUGACGUUCCAGAACCUCGACCUGCGGCUGGAGGUUCUCGAGGAGGAGCUUAAUCUGCCCGUGGAGCUGGUUUCGGGGCACAUCCACGAGCUGAGCAUCCAGGUGCCAUGGACAAAGUUAAUGUCGGAGCCGGUGAAGAUAAUCAUAAACACAAUUGAGUUUGUGGCCAAACUGCCGGACAAUGAGAGCAAACAGCGUCGGGCCUCCUACCAAAAGGAGCAGCGCCGAAAGGCGAAAAAGGCGGCAAUGGAGGCGGAACAGCAGCAGGGGGGAACCGCCCCCGCCUCCAGCUCAAUCGUGGUCAACAAGAUAAUCAACAACAUCACCCUGCAGUGCCACAACAUCAUUCUGAAGUAUGUCGAGGACGACAUUGUGGUUUCCAUGAAUGUCCAGUGCCUGAACUUCAGCCCCGCCGGCGAGAACUGGAAGCCCACGAUGGUGGACGUGCAUCAAGUGUCCGUGUUAAUGCGCAAACUGCUGCAGAUAUCCGAUCUUACCAUCUGCCUCGACAAACGGAACACUGCGGGAAGGAUCGAGGUGUGCCAAGAGCCGGUCCUCUAUCGCUGCACCCUGGAAUGCCGCGUCCUGCGGAAGUACAAUGCCAACACAGUCAGAACCUCGAGCACGACCAGAAUCGGGGUAUUCACCAAGGCGUUUGACAUUAACGUAUCGUCGCUGCAGUUCCCGAUGGUCAUGAGGUUGAUCAAAAUGCUGCUGGAACUCAAGCCGGCGGAGAUGGAGGAGGAGAUCCCAAACCUGGAUGAUCCAGAGGAAACAGCGGAGGGCAACGAAACGCCAGUGGGGGGGCCACAGCCCGAGAGCCAGAGCUAUCUGUGGUGGGCCUGGAACCUUUUGCCCAGCUUCGAGUCGCAGGCCCCUGCAAAUGCGGACGAUGAGACCAUUGGCCAUUCCUUCGAUAUGGGCAUCUACGCCGAGGAGCUGAACUUUCAGCUGAAGAACUCGGAGUACUUCACGGAUCAGGCCAUGGGCGGGAUGAAGCGGAUCCGCUACACCCCCAUCCUGCGCAUCAGCUUGGGCGGCAUCUACUACGAGCGCUCGCAGCUGAAGGAGAACGACUGGACGAACGUCAAGGCGGGGCUGUCGAGCAUUUGCAUGGAGCCCCUGGGGGCAUAUAGAAGCGAGGAUCCAGUCGAUCGGGUGUUGGUCAACACCCAGGAGUCCCUGAAAGAUCGCUCGUUCAUCGACAAGAGCCUGUUCGACGAGCACUUUAUGUUCUCGGAUCGCACCUGGUCCAGCCACAACUACGAGGACUACGUGGCCAGGAACACCGAUGAGUACAUGCUCUUCCGCAGCCCCGUGCUUUCAUUUGAUAUUGUCGAGUACCGGGCCCCCAAGUCGAACAGCCAUCCCCUGGCCGAGAGCCAGCUGAAGGAUCUGGGACUGCGCAUUCAGUAUCGUCUUCUGUCCGCCGGAAUCUCUUUCCACUUCUCACAGUCGUUUCUCCAGGUUAAGAAUGUAAUUAGCGAUUUAUUGCGUCCUUACGAUUACUCGGGAUAUCAUUCAGAGUCGAUCAAUGUCGCCGCCACAGUCGAGGAGCCCCAGCAGCAGGAACUCAAGAACACCGACAUGACCUUGGCGGACUUGGAGUACCUGAUUGGAUUCGCUCCCACCUGCAACUACAAGAUCGAGCUGCGCAACAUGACCAUACAGCUGUACCCACGCCAGCAGCCAGAGGAGUCCUCGGCGGCCAAUCAGCAUCAGCUGGCGACCACCGUCAAGCAAUCCCUGCUGCCAUAUCUCCAGCUGAGAUUUCCCCUGGUCGAGGGCACGCUCUGCGGCCCAGUGAACGCCCAACGUCUCGUCCAACUGAUUACCCAGCUGCAAGACAAGCCGCGAGAGCUGAUCAAUUCGUGCUACACUUGUUACCGAUUCAAUGUGAAGAACCUUACGCUGACGAUCCUGAAUACCACGCCAGAAAAUGGCCGCGCCAAGCUGCUGAACAUUCCCCGGAUGCAGUUGAACGUCAAUCGCCUGCUGCUCCCCCAUCUCUGGCGCCCCAACGAUGCUGCGUUGGAAACGGUGGAGAUUCAGUCGGAGAUCCUCACUGUAGAGUUCUCGAAGCGCGAGCUGAUACUCGCCAAGCGCAUCAUCCCCCUAAUAAUGAGCUUCAGCGGCCCAGAGCUCUGUUCCCUGUCCCAUCUUGUGGCUCAGUCCACUGCCAGCUCGGAUGUGAUCAAGCUGCAGACGCUGGCCACAAAGUUGCGGCUGAAUUGCCACAGGUAUCACACGCAUCUGUCGGCAAAUGCGUCGCUGCGAAGCCUCAACACAGAUGCCUACCACUCGAAGAUGAACAUGCGGAAUGUGGUGCUGUCCACCACCAAGGACCUCAACAACAAGUGGCUAGAGGUGCAGCUGCAGCUCCCGCUGCAGGAGGCAUCCACGGACCAGGAGCGGAUGCCCGCCACUGUCUUGUGCCUGUGGGCUGAACCCUUCCGCUUCACCACGGACAUAUACCUUCUGCAGUUUCUCAAUUUCUCAGAGCACACGGAGAAACGAAAAUCAGCGGAAAAUGAAAUCGAAAUGGAAGUGGAGGCUGCUGCGCCAAGCCAGUCGGAGCAACAAUUUCCUCAAUCGGUAUCAAACUAUUCCACGAUAUCGGCCACAGCGUUGCCCCUGCAACCGCGUCGAAUCAGUCGCAACAAUAGCCGCAAGAUCUCCGUCCCAGAGGAGACAGUGCAUCUCAGUUCUGAGCGGGAUGAGAGGCACACACAAACGGAACCCAUACCUUGUUUAUUGACGGACAGUAAGAGAGACAGGAAAAGUGACAUUGAUCUCGGUCAGCUGGUCAAGCGUCUUAGCUCCAUGGUGGUGCUCGUAGAGAUUGCCCAGGUCCGGAUAGACGUGUGCGAGUUGAUGGUGCGCAUGAGCCCCGCAGAGACGAAUGUGGAAUACACAUCUAUACGGCUGCCCCGCAUGAAAAUCAAGUCCAGCAACUGCGAUACCAUUUCGCGGGGCAACAUUAGGAGUGUCAUUCUGGUCGCUGCCAAAGCGGAUCUGAUCAACUGGGUCACAGAUCUCAACGACUUGAAUGUCUGCUACUGCAGGGGAGACACAACAGAAGUGGUUCUGGCACCAGUUAGGACUACCAUCACACUGGCCAUGUCCCAUAAGCUGGCCGAGGGGAAGCAGCAGGGAUCUAUCCAUUCCAAAAAGACACCCGAGGAGGACCAGAACAAGGAAGAUCACUCGGAUCACCCUGUCGAACAGCGAGGCCUCGGUACUUACUCAAUAAAUGUCCAUGUGGACAUGUCGUCCAUCAAUGUUUUUGCUCGAAGGGUGAAAUUACUGCACGAGCAUUAUAAAAUCAUAUCCGAGAUUCAGAGAUCUCUUAGUCCUGAAGAUGAUGGCAAUGUCAAAUGGAGUUCGGCUCCCCGACUGGAGGUUUACACGGGCAGCUCGCAAAACUAUCCCGCGAUCAAGGAAUUUCUAGAGCUGGAUCCAAACUUUGAGCCCCCGCAAGCGCAGAAUGUUGGCGAAGUGGAUUUCUCGCUGAUAUUCUUUUGCCAGUGGACCAUACCACGGAUCAGCUUCGAAAUGGAGAGCCCUGCCGAUCGCAAACAGAAUAAGAUUGUCGUGACUUUUGAAGAUCUCCUCCUGAACGUGGACAAGCAUUCGGACUUCACGAAGAUCACCACCAAAGUGGAGAACCUGGGACUCGACUACUACGAGGCCAAGCCACAGGGGGAGUGGCUAAAGAAGGAUGGCUUCUACAUCAAAAUGCUGGGCGACAGCUUCAAUUUGCCACUCAUCAGUGUGGUGGUUACCACCGUCAGUCUGCAGAAUCUGUACUCGAAGAUUGGAGCCAGAAAUCCCCGCAAUAAGCAGCACACAAUCUCUGAGCUGCUGAUUGAAGUGCAGCCCAUUGAGAUGGUCCUCGAUCUGGACCAAAUCACAGACUUUGUCAUCCCACUGUGCGGGGUGAUAGAAAUAAUGAGGGGCAACAAUGAGGCACUGGAUCAGCGGCCAGCUAUGGAGAGUCGCGUGACAACCGUCCAGGAUCUGCCCAUGGUGCACCUGAUCAGCAAGGGAAUCUAUAUCUACCUGCCAUUGGCCACGGGCAGAAAGUCCUGCAGUGUCUUGCUGCUGAGGAUUGAGAAUGUGCAGCUUACGCCUAGCCUGGAGAAUCCGUUGGUUCGGCAACUGGUGCGCCAGGACAUCUACCAAAAGGCCGCCGAGCUGAACAUGCUGAGCACCCCCGGAGCCCUGGUCGAGGAUCGUCAGUACGAGCUGAGCGUCAAGAAAGUAUCCCUGUCCACGGGCAACUGGCUGCAGACCCAAAAGUAUCACAUGGAAAAGAGUCUGGCCAGCGAGCACAACAAUCCGGCAUUCGAGUGGAACAACCAGACUCGUCCCAUCGAGCUGGACCACAUGGAUAUCUUCAGGGACUUUGACUUCAUCAUGGUCUAUGCCCCGGCGAUCAUCUACGACCGGUUCUUCGUCUGCGGACAGAGCGUGGAGUACAACUGUGUGACGGACUUUGUGGCCACUCUGACCACGCACCAAAUCAACCUGAUAACCUGUAUCCUAGUGCGCUUUCAGCGCUUGUACAGUGUCCUCGAUCAGGUCUACGGCAAGCAGCCUUCACUGAGCAAAAUGUCGUCUGAAUCGAUUCAAGGCAUCUUGUCCAGCCCCGUAGACAUUUCGGCCAGGAGCAGUCGCCUGAGGCAGUCCCAUUCUGGCCUGGCCAGCGCUAAGCGAAGUCGUUCCAGUUUCGUGGAUGCCAGAAGCAGCAGCGAUGUGUUUAUGGGAUCGUGUCAAAGUGAUUCCGGAAUACAUAUCGGGGGAAGCAGUCGAUUGAUGGGGAAUCAGAAGUCACAGGAGGGGCUGCAGCCGAGUGUCGUGAGCUACCCGCAAAGUGUCUCCUUUGUGGCUGGGAUAUUCGUGCUGAAGAUCUACGAUGUCUUGCAGCUGGAGGAGCUCGAACUGGAAGUGCCAGUGAUGAAGCCACUCAUCAUGCUGACUGUCUCCCAGCCUAGCUACAUGUGCACCCGAAGUCUGAAGGCCACCAUCAGGCAGGCAUCCAUUUUCAAUCUGAACGUAGCGGGGGCCACGCCUGGGACGGAAUCAGCGGUGGGAGAGUUUAAUGAGGCUGUGUUCGACACACUGCCAGGUACUCUGAGCAGCUCGGGGAUUCCCCCACCGCUGCUCACUGUGCGGUCCCAGUGCGAUCGCAUCCAUCAGACCGAAGUGGAUGUGGAGGUCCGCAAACCCAUCGUCCUGCGCCUGUGCGAGUCGAGCGUCCAGCAGCUGGCCAGCGAUGCCAUCCGCAUCUACAGUGUGCUCCUCGAGAGUCCCUGCUUCGCUGUGCGCAGUGAGCGGCCCGUAGUCCAGGGCCCACAGCUGCGGCAGAUGAAACACAACUGCUACAAUGCGGAUCGCUUGAACCUGGCCUUCGAUCAGAUCACCAUCAAGCUGUUCGACGCGGAACGAUCGUACAAGUGCAGCUCCGUGUGGCUGGACUUUAACACCAGCAUCAAGUUCAAUCCGCGUCCCCAGAAGGCCGUCAUACGAUCCACGAUUGGCUCCUUCUACAUCCAGGCCGGCGAGAAGAUCUUCCUGCAUCCGCUGCUGAUGCGUUUGUCCAUGGAUCUGGUCAGUGAGCCAUGGUCGGACGAUCUCCUGAUCAACGCUACGCUCAAGCUGCACUUUCUGCACAUCGAUGCGAGCGUUUGGAGUAUCCUACAGCUGCAAAAGGCCCAUGAAGGGCUCAGGCGGAUUCUUGACCAUGGCCAUCGGGAGUGGCAGAGCUUUCUGAGGCAUCGUCCGGUACUGGGCAUUCCAGCAGAGGUCGCACCCGAAACCCUCGUCAAGUGCAAUCCAUCCAAGGACUCUAUUGGGCGCCACAAGCGCCAGCUGAAAACUAAAGCAGAAUUCUAUCAGGACGACCUCAGAGCGGGCGCCUUUCAGUUUGUCUACCUGAACUCCGAGUCCGUGCUGCCCAUGCCCUACCAGGUGCAGAUCAUCAAGAAGAACUACGGGAUUAUCUGCUGGCGCUAUCCACAGCCACGGCAGAUGACCAGCAUCCACAUCUAUCCGAUUCCCAUGCCAGUCUCCAAUCCCAUUCACAUCAUGUGCCGCAUGGAGUACUUUAGUGAGACGCACGAGACCUUUCUCCACUACUGCGACUUCCAGCUGUCGGAGACGGCCACCAGGCAACUAUCCCCGCCAGAUCGUCAAAUCUGUGCGAAUAUCUGGCGCGUGGUCAUUCUGCAAUCGUUGAUUUCUGUGGAUGGCACCUGCUUUGAGGGAGAUGAGGAUGAAGAUUUGCAUUCCAUUGAUAGCAGCCGCAUUGAGCAGGCCUUCAAGACCGAUGCCGACAACGAUUUCAUAUUGCAUCCAAAGGUUCUCGUGGGAUGCAUGCGCAUUGAUACCAUUUUCAGGGCGGAGAAAGUGCCCAAGCUGCAGCUGCUGCUCUGCUGCCAGGACAUGGAAGUGAACCUGCUGAAUCUGCCAGAUGCCAAGGGGGAACUGCCGUCCCUGUUGAAGGAAUACUCGCUCAAGCGGACCACAGACUGCCCACAGACCUUUCUCACAGUGCACGUGGGCGAUCUGCAGGUGCACUCGGCUGUCUAUGCCACGAAUGACUUCAGCCUGGAGACUGAUUUGCGCGCAAGGGUAACGUGCCUGGACUAUGGCUUCCUCAAUAUGCUGGACAUCGUGGAGCCCGUGAAAUUCUCCAGCUACGCCAUGUUUGCCCACUCUCCGCGCUCGCUAAAGGCGAACUUCCUGCUGGACAAGCUCCGCUUCAACUGCGCUCCCUACAUGAUCCACACGCUGCUCAGCUCCAAGCAACACUGGCUGGAGGUGCUGCGCAACAGCGAGAUCCGUCACACGCUCAUGCCCAAGUGUGUGGUGGUCAACCGCAUGCAGGCAAAUCUCGGCUUCGGGCAGACUGGCACAAGCGAGCAAAUAUCCCUGGCGCCCCAGGAACUGCAGCUCUACCACUUCCGCAGCUGUGUGCACGGGCAGGAGCUAACGUUCUUCGUUAGGAAUCCCGAAACGAAUCAGAUGGAGGCCAGCAGCUCGCUGCACAUUGCCUUGAAGUUCGAGGAGGAGCAGAGAGUGCGUCAUCUGCGCGUGGGUAAGUGUUGCAUCACCAUCAAGGUGGGCAAACUGUCUGCCACACAGAUCUACAUACUGGUGAAGGGCCAGAUUGAAGUGAUCAGCAUGAUGCCCUUUGACUUGAUCACCGAAUUCCGCCACGAGGGGAAACGCUACGACGAGCAUACGAGUCCGCACGAUCACUUGCUUCUGGCCAGAGGCAGGGCAUCCUUCUACCAGACGGUGGUGCGGAACGGAGACAUUAACUUGCGCCUGAAGUUUGCUGCUGGUCGCGGCAAGGGACGCACUGGCGACAUUCCCCUGAAAACCAACAAUAAUCUGCCUUGGCUGGUCAAGGUGCCCACACAAAGCUCCUUCCAGCAGUUCGUCAGCCUGUGGGUACGCAUCUUGCGCGAGGAUGUGGACUUGGACUCAGACUCGGUGGACUCUGACUUUUAUCCGCAAAAGAUAUUGAUUUGCAUUUGGCCCAUCUUUGAGGUGUGCAACAUGCUGAGCGGCGAUCUUCAGGCCACAGAAGAUACGACUGGGGACAGCUCUCAGAUCACAGCCCACGGGGGAAGGUGGUCUCUGCAGACGGCUACCACCCACAGCACUGAGCAUCGAGUGGGCUUUCAGUUUCCGGCUCCACUGUGCAGCAGGGGAUUGUCCCAGGAUAAUUAUACAUUCAUGCUCAAGGCCAUGGACUGGCACAAGUUCUUUUACUUCGAUCCCGCCCUGUGGACAGUUGAGAACUCGCUGCACCAGCUGGGGAAGACGCUGAAGCCAAUGUGGCCGCUAAACGACGAUGAGGAGCUGCGCGUGCGUCGCCAUGUGCGCCUGGAAUCGACGUUCGACGUGGAAUACCGCGUACAUGCCACGCGAGAGUUUUCCUGCACCUUGGGACUGGAAGUUUCCGCCUGGGGAAUGUUCAUCAAUGCCACGGGACUGGACCUGAGCAUCUGCCAGACCAAGGAUCGCGAGCGCCAUCAACUCAAAGCAAACUGCCUGGAAUUGGUGCCCAAGUUGUGCGGUGUCUUCACCAUUGAUGUGCCCUUUGGCUGCAGUUGGAUCGCCUCAACGCCCAUCUACCUGGAGGAGCUGGCCAAGACCGUGGAGAACAGCCCCAAGAGAAGCAUGAUGCUGCGCCCGAGUUCCUAUGUGGAUAUCGUGGUGGUGCGCAACGAGGAGGUGCUGCGCAUGAUGCUCGAGUACAGGCUGGAGGACGGGCGUCGUGUGUUUAAGCUGCGCUCCAAAUUCGUAAUAACCAAUUUCACAGAUGUCUCCCUGAACGCCCUGCCGCUGACCAUGGAUCACAAGGAGACCUCCACACGGGAGGAAGUGAAUGCGUACAGCACGGCCAAGAGAAGUCGCAGCCUUGUAUCCGUGGAUGGUACAAAGAAUUGCAGUGGAGUGACGGUGGACUUUUUCCACGAUCUUAAUGCCCGUGCGGCUAAUCAUACCUGUGAUACGGCUUUUGUCUACUUUCUGUGCUUCAGUGUGGCCGGCGGUCGUGAUAUAUCCAUACCCAUUCCGCUGGCCAUACCCUUCACGAGACGCUGCUUUAGUCUGCAGACUGGACGGGAAUCGGUGCCCUUCAUGAUCACUCUCAUCGAAAAGGACAAUGUCCACUAUCUGAGCAUAUUCCGCGACACAGCGCCGGCCCUGAUCAUCAGCAAUAGCACGAAUGUGAAGUUCAUUGUGGCCCAGACGAGUGCCUCCGGCAACAGCAAUGUGACAUGCACCAACUCCGAGUUCGUGGGCAGGCACUUUGAGUGGAAUCAGCUGGUCUCGCCGCACAGUAAAUGUUACUACACCCCGCCGCAGAUGUACGCCAACUUUCCCGAUGUCGAGUUUACCAUGUGCAACCUGUCGUUGGCUGUAUAUAAUGACAAGUCCUGUGGCAAGAAGAAACUCGGCUGGUCAAAGCCCAUCAGGACUGACAAGUCGUGGAAGAAGUUCUUGCAUGUGCCGAGCCACGGCGAUGUGAAAGUGGUCGUCUGUGAUAAGCAUCGGGUCAUACGCGUCAACAUCUACUACAUUGCCCAGCAACUGGAGUUCUCCGUGAAGGAUCUACGCUCGCGGCUGAAAAAGCCAGAGAACCGUUUGCUGUCCCCGGAGGAGGACCCAGAAAGGAACUUGGAAGAGGCCGAGACGGCUACUGACACUGCUGCCGCGAUCCAUGGAUUGCCAUUGCCGGACAUUGUUGGCUGCGCCCAUUUUAGCGAGGAAUGCGAAGUGCAGCCACAGAUCAAGAUACGAAUAUUCGUGAAGCGUUUUGUGUUCAGCCUGCAGACGGACAACCGGGAGAAGGACUACUUGAAGACGGAGGUGUGCAAUAUCUAUGCAGACGACUCCAUGCUGGCCUACGACGACGACGAAGAUCAGCGGGUGCUGCGCCUGCAGCUGCCGAAUCUCCAAGUGGAUAAUCAGCUGUACGCCAGCGGCAAGUACGAUUUCCCUGUGCUGCUCUGUGCGGAGCAGUUGUACAGGCGCCACAAUGGCCAGCCGCAGGUGUACGACUUGGAUGAGGUGUACCAGCAGCAGGCACAGAGUGGCCCUGUCUCCCUGCUCACCUUCUAUUUGUAUCAGGACGAAGUGCAGCUGCAGUCCGUGCGGUGUCAUGUGCAACCGUUUCGAGUCUACAUUGAGGACGCCUACCUGAACCAGCUGCUGGAGACGCUGGUGGAGUGCGAGCCAUCCCAUUGCGUGCACACGCCCCGCGAGGAGCAGGACAGGAUCUUGCUGCCCGAUGGCCAGAUCCUCCUGCCCGACCACGUCGUAGCGCAGUCCUUGUACAUAGCCGAGCCCUUGCGCCUGAACAGCUUCACCGUGGAGCCGCUCAGCUUGCUCCUCUCCGUCCACACCUCCUCCCGACUGUACAUAGCCCUGGACCACUCUCCCCUCUCCUUCUCCCGCUACGAGCGCCAGCAGAUCCUCACAGUUCCCCUACGCUUCGGACAAUCCCUGGGACUGCACUAUCUCAGCGGAGCUAUUUUCGGAGCCGGCUGGGUGGUGGGUUCCCUCGAGAUUCUGGGCAGUCCCAGCGGACUAGCCCGCUCCUUCAGCACCGGCCUGCGAGACUUCAUCUCGAUGCCUGUGCAGGGGCUGUUCCGCGGGCCCUGGGGCUUUAUGGUGGGCGUGACACAGGGUUCUGCCUCGCUGUUGCGCAACGUAACGGCGGGCACUGUGAAUUCGGUUACCAAGCUGGCCGGUUCGGUGGCACGGAAUCUGGACAGGCUCACGCUGGACGCAGAGCACAUCGAACUGACGGAGGCCAGAAGACGGGCCCGACCCCAGGGCUUUGCCGAUGGCCUUACACAAGGCUUGACUGGACUGGGCAUCAGUCUGCUGGGCGCUGUGGGAGGACUGGCGCAUCACACACUCGAGGCACGCAGCUCGGUGGGUGUCAUUGCCGGCCUUACCAAGGGCAUUGUGGGAGCCUUCACGAAACCCAUCAGUGGAGCUGCCGAAAUGCUGGCCCUCACCGGCCAAGGCGUUCUCCACACGGUGGGCUUCAACGCCAUGCCGCAGCAGGUGGAGCCCAGCGUCUCGCGGAACAUGGAUCUGCACCCCAGUGCGUAUCGGAUAUGGAGUAAUCUGCCAGAAGAGCUGCGCCACGCUCAGAUAUUGUUCUUCUGCGAGAUCACGCUGCACGCCAGGGAUCAGCUGCGGCCGGCUCUGCUCUUCCUGACCGCAUCGGUGCUGGCCAUCAUGGAGUCGGACAACGAUGACCUGACCUUUGCCUCUGCAGUAAGCAAGGUGGCUGUGGCAGAGGAUCGCGAUGAUCCCACAAAGUUUUACCUGAGCCUAAGGCCAGAGCAGAUGGAGGACUUCGAAGGGCAAAUGAACUACACGAAUGAGCGCAUCCUGAAGUUCUUGAACACCUCGCGACUGCACACGAUAGCCAACGAUUCGCUGAGUGAUAUUUUCCAGCUGAAUGAACUCGAGGUGGACCACCAGUUGAAGCGCCAAACGCAAUGUAUCUUUUACAUCCAGCACAACUUUGGCAGGCACCUGAUCCACUAUCUGAAGGUGAUCGGUCGGAUGCAGGCCUCACAGUAGCCAGUAUGUUUCACAAUUAGGAAUUCAGGAGGUAGCAAGUCCCUCGCCUAAGUCCAAGUAUGUUUUAAUUGAUGUGUACGUUAUUUUAUGCCAAAAACAAAAGACAAUUUUUGUUACUUUUUUGCAAUAAAAAUAAGCAAACCAAAA